AUGGCGAGGGACGAACCCUCCGCCGCCGCCGUGGACGUCGCCGACGGCGACUCACCCUCCUCCAGCCCAACCCUCACGCGCCUACGGGAAGCACUCGCCGCCCUCUCCGAGGCGUUCGAGUCCGGCGACACCGCCUCCUCCGACGCAGCCGCUGCCGCCGUCGCCGAGAUCCUCAGCUCGUCCGAUGCCGACGCGUCCGCCGCGCUCUCCGAGCAGAUGCUCCGCGAGGUCCACGCGUUCCUCUCGCGCCCGUCCUCGAAUCAGAUGGCCAUUGACGCGCUGUCUCUAGAGCUUCCCAAGCCAGUGGCGAAGCUGGGUGCUCGGAUGGGGAAUUGCCGGGACAUUGCCAGAGCAAUCAUUGAGUUCUUUGCAUCGAAUUGCAGCCCAAGGGACAUGCUCUGCAUCCUCUGCGAGGCAUUAGAUACACCAGUGGCAUUUAAUGGAUCAGCAUACCUUGUUAUUCUACUAGAUGGGCUUGCCAGCACGCUUACUUUGAUUCAGAGGAGACAUAUUGAGCAAGUAAAGGUCGUACUUCCUGCCAUCCUUCGAGUUAUGCAUGCUAAUUUAUCAGAAUAUGAUGGGGAACAUAGAAUGAGUACUGUUGAUCUGUUCAGUGCAGCCCUCCGUAUUGGCAAUGCUAUACAAGAAAUGUGCAAAACAAUGGUAAACCACAGGAAGGAAGAGUUAUGUUCUAUACUUGGUCUAUACGCCCUUCAAAACAUAGCUCUUUUGCAGGCUCUUGUAUCAUCAGAAAGCAAACAUCAGAAUAUUCUAUCUACUUGUGGUUCAGUUGUUCUUCAAUAUUCUAAAUUUCUUAUGUUUUGCGGCUUCACCUAUUUGGGUCUUUUAACUGGUAAUGAUGUGACCUCAACCACCACUAAGCUUUCUAAAGAAGAGGACGACAAUUUUCUGGACUGCUUUUCUUCUGCUAUGGACGGUGCAAGUCUUGUAGUUGUGUGGACAUCUAUGCAUGAUGACAUGUCAAAAUAUGCUGGAGCAGAGUUUGAAUCAGCUCUGAAAGAAGUUCAAGACAAUUGUAUUAGGAAAUGGGAAGCAAUUAACAUGUUUAGAUACGUCUUGUCUUCAGUUAAUUACUCAUGGGCAAUCAAAUCUCACAGUCUGGACUUAUUGUUGACUCUAGUUGAUGAUAAGUGUAGUGAGGAAACCAACUAUCAUGUAGAUUUCCCAUAUUCCACUCAAAUUUUUGCCACACUCAAGGCCAUUGAAAGAGUCAUGAUAGCUGCCCCAGAUACGUUGAUGCGGAAGAAAGCCUUUUCUGCCCUGAAAAGGGUUAUUUCAGCAGUGCCAUCCACUCAGAGAUUUGAUAUCUUACAGGCCCUCAUCGAGAAUAGUAUGUUCCCCUCCUUGACUGCAAUUCUUUUAGAUCUGGUGAAGAAUGAAGUUUCGAGAGAGAGCCGUCGAGCUGAUCAGGUUAAUGGAUCUGAUCGAUCACAAGAUGCUGGGGAAUCACCACCUUGGGCUUCUCAGGUGCUUGAGUUAGUGGAGCUGAUCUUGAGGCCUCCAGAAGGUGGUCCUCCUUGUCUUCGUGAUCACAGUGAAGAGGUAUUAUCUGCUCUGAACUUGCUCAGAUUGAUUCUGAUAAUAGAUUCAAGAGGAUCCAGAUCAGCCAAAAUGUUGCGGGAUGAAAAAAUACGAGCCGUGUACUCAGAGUGGCUGAUCCCACUAAGAUUAAUUAUUACAGGGAUUCAAUCGGAACUCGAGAAAGGCGGCGGUGAGGAUGAAAAUCAGAUGUUGUGCUUGUUAAAUCCUGUUCAAUUCGUACUUCACCGCUGCAUUGAGCUGGUGGAGGAAAAAAAUGAAGGGUUUGUAAUGCUCGAGCAGUGUUGCCUUGGCCAGGAAAUGUGA